UCUCCAUGAAGUCCAGCCGCGAAAACUCACGCGUACACACACACACAGGCGCACAGCAUCCAAGGGAGCCGGCGAUCGAGAUUCGAGAAGCCAGCAUGGGCAGUGCUGAGGAGGAGGAUCUACCGGCAACGGACAUGCCGCGGGUGGUGGGCGUCCUCUCCGCGCUCCUGGAGCGCCUAACGGAGCGCAACGACACGGCAGCGGGGCCGGGAGCGCUGGAACCGGCGUCACGGUCGGCGUUCCGGGCGAUGACGAAGCCCGGCAUCUCGGUGCGCGCGUACAUGGCGCGCAUCGCGCGGUUCGCGGGCUGCAGCCCCGCGUGCUUCGUGGUGGGUUACAUCUACCUCGACCGCCUCCUGCGCCGCCGCCGCGCCCUCGCCGUGGACUCCUACAGCGUGCACCGCCUCCUCAUCACCACCGUGCUCUCCGCCGUCAAGUUCAUGGAUGACAUAUGCUACAACAACGCCUACUUCGCCAAGGUGGGCGGGAUCAGCCUGCCGGAGAUGAACUACCUCGAGGUGGACUUCCUCUUCGGCGUCGGCUUCGAGCUCAAUGUGUCGCCAGAGACGUUCGGCCACUACUGUGCCAUCCUCCAGUCCGAGAUGCUCUGCCUGGAGCUGGAGCCGGAGCCCCUUCUUCCCCCUAAUGCCGCCGCUCCAGGCAGCGCAAUGCAUUGCUGCCUCUCUGAAGACGAUGGCACUAGCGCCACCACCAGCAGUAGCAGCAGUACUCAGCAGCAGCAGCUGGCUGCGUAGGUGGUUAGAGGCGUAUAUAUACAGUACACUGUGUGAGUGCGUACAUGUACAGGGUCAUGUUGCUCGUCCGAGCAGAGUACGCGAGCUUCCUCGGUGUGAUGUGCUGCUCUUUGGUCCCUCUGGUAUAUAGCUUGUUUAGGUGACAGAGGUGGACACUGCAAGAGUGCAGACCGACUGUGAGGGAGUUGAAUACAAGGUGUGUGAUGUGCUCUAGUCCACAAGUGACGUGUAUGUUGGAUCA